AUGCAACAUGAUGAUGUUAUCUGGUCCGUUCUCAAUGGGCAAUUUUGUUCAUAUAAACAACAAAAAUCAAAAACUCAAUUAUUUUGUUCAAACGAAUAUAAUUUAACUGGUUUAUGUGAUCGUCGUUCAUGUCCAUUAGCUAAUUCUCAAUAUGCAACUGUACGUGAAGAAAAAGGUAUUUUAUAUCUUUAUAUGAAAGUUGUUGAACGUUCACAUUAUCCAAAAAAACAAUGGGAAAAAAUAAAAUUACAUGAAAAUUAUCUUCGGGCAUUAAAACAAAUCAAUGAACAUUUAAUUUAUUGGCCACGUUUUAUAAGACAUAAAUGUAAACAACGUUUAACAAAAUUAACACAAUAUAUUAUUCGUACACGUCGUUUAAUGUUAAAAAAAACUGCUAAACAAGAAUUAGUGCCAAUAAAAAAGAAAGCUGAAAGACGUGAACGUCGUCAUGAAGAAAAAGCAUUUGUUGCUGCAAAUAUUGAUCGUGCUAUUGAAAAUGAAUUACUUGAAAGAUUAAAAAAAGGAACAUAUGGAGAUACAUAUACAUUUCCGGUUAAUGCAAUUUCAAUGGAUGAAGAAGAUGAGGAGGUUGAAAGUGAUGAAGAAAAGGAAGAAGAUGAAGAUGAAAACGAACAAGAAAGUGAAGAAGAAAUUGAAUAUGUUGAAGAUUUUGAUGAAAGUGAUGUUGAAGAUAUGGAAGAUAUGGAUGAUGAAGAAGAAAUCAUUAAAUCACUUCCAUUAUCAAAGAAACGUUCACUUGAAAUUGAAUAUGAACCAGCAGUAACAAAGAGUAAAGAACGUUUAAAACAUCGACGACAACCGUCUUCAAAUAGUACCAAUACUUGGCACGUCGAUAAACUUGAAUUUAAAGGUAGUAGUCAAUCGCAACGUUAUCUUUUCUACGAUCGAACAUUACGACGAAGUUCACCAUCAUCAGAAAAAUCGGAAUAA